CCCAUCGCUCCCUCCUCCGGUCGCUCCUCUCCUCCGCACGCUCAAAACGCUCUGUCAUGGCGUCUUCCAACCAUGUUACCCCCACCAAAUGUGGCUGGUGGCCCAUCUCGGCGAUGGACGGGGACGGCAAAAUGACAGACGGGGAUGAGUGUGACGACCCUUGCACGGCUGAGCCCAAAGCGCUCAACAAAGACAGGCUGGUUUUGUACCACUGGACGCAAUCUUUCGCCUCCCAGAAGGUCCGCCUAGUGAUCAACGAGAAGGGUCUGGUGUGCGAGGAGCGAGAUGUCAGCCUGCCGCUACAGGAACACAAGGAGCCGUGGUUCAUGAGACUCAACCUGGGGGAGGAGGUGCCCGUCUUCCUCCACGGCGACAACAUCAUCAGUGACUACAACCAGAUUAUAGACUAUUUGGAGACCAACUUUGUAAGAGACUCGGUGGCUCAGCUGAUUCCGGCGGCAGACUCACCAGUUCACGAGCGCGUGCACCAGUACCGGCAGUUGUUGGAUGGCCUCCCCAUGGACGCGUACACGCACGGCUGCAUCCUCCAUCCGGAGCUCACCACCGACUCUAUGAUCCCAAAGUACGCCACUGCUGAAAUACGUCGGCAUUUGGUCAACGCAGCAACGGAACUAAUGAAGUUAGACCACGAGGAGCCCCAACUUACGGAACCCUAUCUGUCCAAGCAGAAGAAGCUCAUGGCGAAGAUUUUGGACCAUGACAAUGUCAACUACCUGAAGAAAAUCCUGGGAGAGUUAGCCAUGGUUUUAGAUCAAGUGGAAGCCGAACUGGAGAAAAGGAAACUGGAGUACCAAGGUCAAAAGUGUGAGUUGUGGCUAUGCGGACCUGACUUUACACUAGCCGAUAUCUGCCUGGGAGCCUUGCUGCACAGGCUCAAGUUCUUGGGACUUUCUAAGAAGUACUGGGAGGACGGCAGUCGACCCAACCUGCAGUCCUUUUUUCUGCGCGUGCAAAAACGCUACGCUUUCCGAAAGGUCCUGGGCGACAUCCACACGACGCUCCUGUCGGCCGUCCUGCCCAACGCCUUCCGAAUGGUCAAAAAGAAGCCGCCCUCCUUCUUCGGGGCCUCCUUUCUAAUGGGAUCCCUCGGCGGGAUGGGCUACUUUGCCUAUUGGUUUUUAAAAAAGAAAUACAUGUAGUGAAUGUUC